AUGUUGAAGAAAGAAACAUCUAUCUUGAAUAUUUUUUUCAAAAAACAAAUGUGCACUAACUCAAUGAGAACACAAUUAGGAUAUUUGAAUGUAAGCUCUGUAGAGGUUCUUAGGGAGGUGAAUUUCUCUCAAUCUCAAAACCAAUAUAUGAGUAGCUUGGUUGAAAUAUCAAGUAAGGAGCAUAGUUUGGUAAAGUAUGAAAUUCAGAGGCAUAAAAUAUUACAACUUGGUAGAGAUGGCAAAAAAUGCGAUAUUGUUUUUGAAAGCUCUGCCGUAUCGUCGCUUCAUUGUGUUUUUUGGGGGAUUCUUUUUGAUGAAAGUAGUAUACCUAUAUGCUAUAUAAAAGAUUCUUCUCUAAAUGGGACAUUUUUAAAUGGGUUGAGAUUGGUAAAGGAUGAAUCCUACGUUCUCAAAGAUGGGGAUAUUAUCACUAUGAAAAGUUGUGACAAGAAAUUAACUUUCAACUCUGUUCAACCACUACCGGAUAUAAAUGUCUUCGAAGCUUUGAAUUUCCAACAACAUGUUAGUAAAUGGACAAUUUCCUCAAAUAUAAUCGGGAGUGGUACUUUUGGCCAUGUAAUUGUAGCUUAUAAGAAUGAUAAUGAAAAAUAUCAUCACUUAGAAAAUAAUAAUAAAAUUCAGAUUAAUGAUAUCAAUGAAAAUGAUGAAGAUAUGUGCCCAAUAAAUUAUGCAGUAAAAAUAAUCAAGUUAAAACCUCAAAAAUUGGAUAAAGAGGCUAAAAUUUUAUUUGGUUUAAAUCACCCAAAUAUUAUAAAAAUUUACUAUACAUUCUGCGACAUUAGAGAUAAUCUUUAUAUCUUUCAAGAUUUGAUAUCAGGGGGGGAUUUAUUUUCAUAUUUAGCAAAAGGAAAUCAAUUAUCAUCUUUACCAGAGCCUGAAUCCUUAUUUAUAGUCUAUCAAAUAUUAAAUGCCCUAGAUUAUUUACAUGGGAAAAAUAUUGUACAUCGCGAUUUGAAAUUAGAUAAUAUUUUACUUUGUUCUCCAGAACCUUACACUAAAAUUGUAUUGGCGGAUUUUGGGAUUGCCAGGAAUAUCCCUGACCUCACAGAAAACAAAAAAUUAAACAAGUUCAAAGAGACUAACAGAAUGUCUACUGUUGUUGGAACACCAGAAUAUUGUGCACCCGAAGUUGGAUUUAAAACAAACAGACAAAAUUACCAUAAGUUUAAUAGAGCUGCAACAUUGGAACAAAAAGUUGGGUACAACCAAAAAUGUGACCUAUGGUCAUUAGGGGUAAUUACACAUAUAAUUUUAAGUGGUAUUUCACCUUUUUAUGGAGACGGCUCUGAAAAUUCAAUAAUAGAAAAUACAAGGUUAGGCAAAUUAAAUUUCGAAGUACUUCAAUGGAAAAAUGUAUCCAAGAAUGCUAAAGAUUUUGUCAGUAAGUUGUUGAAAAUUAAUGUAGAAUUGAGAUUAAGUGCCAAAGAAGGUUUAGAACACCUAUGGAUAUCCAAGCAUCAAUAUGUAUUGCAAAAAGUCUAUGACAAAAAGAAAAUAAGAGGUGAAAAUUAA